AUGGACUCGGACGACGAGGACGUCAUGGCCGUGCUCAUGGACGAGGAGCUCGCUAUCGCGGCUGCGACCAGGGACGCCGCUGGAGGCGACGAGCAUCUGGCGAUUCUCGUCUCCCUCUUGGCCAUGAUCGCCGAGGAGGACAAGCCGAUCAUUGGUGGCUCCGCGCCGGGCCAUCACAAGAGCAAGCCUAGGAAGAGGAUGAAAGGCUAUUGCAUGCUCUACGCCGACUACUUCGCCGACGAUCCAUUGCACGGCGACACCGUGUUCCGCCGUCGUUUCCGGAUGAGUAGGAAACUCUUUCUGAAGAUAGUCGAGAAUUUGAGGGAGAUCGACUACUUCAAGUUGAAGAGAGACGCCGUCGGUGAUCUUGGUUUCUCGACUAUUCAGAAAUGCAUAGUAGCUCUUCGGAUGCUUACCUAUAAAAUUGCAGGCGAUACACAAGAUGACUAUCUACGCAUGGCAGAGUCCACGGCCAUUGAUUGCAUGUACAGAUUCUGCAGGGCAAUUGUGGCAGUGUUUGGAGAGACCUAUCUGCGCACACCCAAUGUGGCAGACACAGCUCAGAUAUUAGCACAAAAUGCAGAGAUAGGUUUUCCUGGGAUGCUUGGAAGCAUCGACGGCAAUGCCCCUCCGGUGCAGUUUGAGAUCAAUGGCUACCAGUAUGACAAGGGCUACUAUCUUGCAUAUGGCAUAUAUCCAAGAUGGUCAACAUUUGUGAAGACAAUCUCGAACCCUGUACCUGGAGGGAAGAAAGCUUGGUUUGCUCAAAUGAAGGAGGCUGCCAGAAAGGAUGUGGAGAGGGCAUUUGGUGUGUUGCAAGCUCGCUUUGUCAUUGUCUGA